AUGGCAGAUGAGGAAGCUGCUCCGGUUAGGACUCUUCAGGACUAUUUGAAUCCGGAACGGGUCACUCAAUUGUCACCGAUAGUUUUUCCACGGCCCACAACUGUUGCAAACACAUUCGUGUUAAAAUCAGACUAUCAUCGUUGCAUUCCAUUCUUCCACGGUAUGGAGCCCGAGAAUCCGUACCAACAUAUUCGGGAAUUUGAGGAAGUUCUCCAAUCGUUCGUUAGCGGGGAGGUGCUUCUCAACCAAGCAAGAUUGAGGCUUUUCCCUUUCACUUUGAAGGAUAAGGCUAAGACAUGGUUUCACUCUUUGAAGCCUCAAUCUUUGAACACAUGGGGGGAAGUGCAAGAUGUUUUUCACAAGAAAUUCUUCCCAGCGAGCCGAACAAAGCUCUUGAUGGAUCAAAUCCAGGGUUUCAAGCAACGUGAGGGAGAAGCUUUCCACCAGUAUUGGGAGCGUUACAAGGAUUUGCUUUCUGCGGUUCCUCACCACAACUUUGCCUUGUAUCAACUGAUUCACUACUUCCAUAUGGGCUGCACGCAACAAAGCAAGCAACUGCUCGACACCAUGUGCUCCGGAGGAUUCAUGAAUAAAUCACCCGAUGAUGGUUGGGAUUACUUAGAUGAGUUGGCCAAGAAGUUUUUGACUUGGAAUUAUGAGGAUGCUGGUGAUAGAGCUAUGGCUAGCCAAGGUCCUGGUGGCUCCGGAAAGUUCUCCAUAAAUGAGCACAAUGCUAUCGAAACACGGAUGGAGCAACUAGCACAAAAGUUGGAGAAGUUGGAGUUGAAAGGGAUAGAGGAAGUUAAGGCAGUGCGAGCGGUAGAGGAGAUGUGUGCUAUAUGUGAAACAUCGGGCCAUUCCACCAACAAUUGCUUGUCUAUUCCCACUCUCAGGCAACAUUACAGUAACCUCAACCUCCCGCUCGAAGAAGUUAGUGCGGUGAACCAACGAUUUGAAUCUUUUCCCCAAAACUUCAACCAAAGUCAACAACAACAUCCGGGAUUCCGUUUGAACAAUCAGAUUGAAGGCGGACCAUCUCAAGCACCUCCCGGGUCUCAAAUGCAACCAUGGCGGCCUACUCAAGGCCAAGUGCAGCCUCGUUUUCCACAAGGACCGCCAGGUUUCGCACCGUCCGGCCCUUUUCAAGGAUCUAACCAAUAUCAACCCCUGCCAAGGCGAUCUUUGGAGGAUACUCUCCAAUCCUUCAUGCAAGCUCAAUCGAAUUACAACGAGAAUAACACUCAAAUGAUGGGGGAGUUGAAGAACCAAAUAGGAAAGAUAACCACAUCUAUAGGGCUUCUUCAGCAAGAAAGGGGCAAGUUUCCUACUCAGCCACAAGCUAACCCACAAGGCCAACUCCUCAUUGGUAGUUCUUCCAUACCACCGCUCGAGCAAGCUCAAGCAAUUAUCACUUUAAGGAGUGGCAAGGCGGUUGACAAUCUCGUUGUCAAUCCGUCGGCUACACAUAUCUUAGAACCAGCUUCGACAUCAACAAGUUCUACAACGCUUGGAGAAUCUCCCAAGUCAUCUUCGGAAGAAGACGGGGAAUCUCCCGUGCAAGGUUCAAAGGAAGCUGAGGCCACUCCAAGCCCACAGGAUUCUCCCGUUCCGGCACCCUAUCCUUCUCGACUAAAAAAGCCGGCUCACCCAUCCAAGGAUGCCGAUAUACUUGACGUGUUCAAAAAGGUCAAUAUGAACAUUCCUUUAAUGGAUGCCAUUAAGCAAAUUCCUUUAUACGCUAAGUUCUUGAAGGAUUUGUGCACCCAAAAACGCAAGCUUAAUGUGCACAAGAAGGUGCUUCUUACUGAGCAAGUUAGCCAAAUUUUCCAAACGAAUCUUGCACCUAAAUACAAAGACCCCGGAUGUCUUACAAUUUCAAUUACUAUUGGGGGUAAGAGAGUAGAGCAAGCUCUUUUGGAUUUGGGUGCGAGUGUAAAUUUGCUACCUUAUUCGGUGUAUCAAGAGUUGGGUUUGGGGGAGAUGAAGCCUACGCGGGUUACUCUUCAAUUGGCGGAUAUGAGUUUCCAAAUUCCUCGUGGUAUGGUGGAAGAUGUAUUGGUCCAAGUUGAUCAAUUUGUAUAUCCGGUGGAUUUUGUUGUCUUGGAUACUUGUCCGUCGUCGUCUUCAUCACCAUUGUCUACUCCCGUUAUCCUUGGACGGCCGUUUCUAGCAACCUCGGAUGCCGUAAUCAACUGUCGGAAUGGACUAUUGAACAUGUCUUUUGGUAACAUGAAGAUGGAGGUUAAUAUGUUCAACGUUGGAGUUCAAAUGGGUGACGAUGAUGAUUGCCAGAAUGUCCAUCUUGUGGAUACCUUGGUUCAAGAGCAUGUAGAUGAAUUCUUUUUUAAAGACUCUUUGGAGGUGGCUCUUACCUCCGAAGAGACCGCUUUUCUUGAAUCCGAUGGGAUGGAAUCCCUCUUUUCCUUACUGAACGAAGAAGAUGGCGAUGAGGAAAUUUGUGGAGCUGCACCGUGGUUCCCAAAGUUUGAGGAGUUACCCCCCUCUUGA